CAUUUAAAUGUAUUUCGUUUUUUUUUUUAUUAUAUAUAUAGCGUAAAAUUCAUCUCAAGGCACUUUUCAGGACAAAUAGAUCUGAUCCAUUCUCAGUUAUAUAAAAUCAAUUUUGAUUAGUGCAGAAAGACGAAUUUUGGCAUUAAAGGCUGACAAAUUAAAUUGCGCAAAAUAUGUCACACAAGAAUAACAUGCCAUAACUAAUUCAAGGCUGUGAGCUUUCCUAUUAUAUAUUCGCAACUUUUUUUGUUUUUUUUUUGUUUAUCUCUGUAGAUGUUUAAAACAAAUAAACAAAUUCAACUAUCUCGUAGUUUAGUUUUCAAUUUAUUUAUUGGUUCAUUUAAAGAAUGGACUAAUGAGUAAAUGUGUGUUUUUAGGAGUGAUUUAUAUACCCGCAGUCUCCAGUAGAGGGCGCUCAGCCAGCCCGGACCGAGCUGAAAGCAGGGGGCGCAGUAUAGGCUUUAAAAAAAACACAUUUAGGUCAUGCCAAAAGGACCAACACUAAAAUUAGAGACUGUUGCCUCCAGAAGAGCUGCCAAGCGGCGCUGCAUAAAGUCGUCUUAACGACAGGCUGUCUCACUGGCUGCUGAGGAAAGCCAGGUUUUCCACGGGUGACAUUUAAACGCCAAACGUUGACAGGACAGAGGAGCUUCUCCGUGUGUAACGCAGGGACAGCGCUGGAUUCACACCGAGCGCUGAUCCGCAAACCAUGACUAUUUACAAGUAUUUAUUUUGAAUACGCCAUAUACACUCUUGCACUCUUCUGCAGAUAUGUCUUUCUUAACCAUACCAAGCCAAGAGGGCCUUUUCACAACGAUUAAAAACAGCAAGUCAGCCGGGGAGACUCAGGCUCGCUCAGGCAUGGACGCCGAUGAGGAAAACGAUGAUGAAGAGGAUGAGGAAGAUGAUGACACCGAGGAUGUUCGGCUCAUCCCCAGGUGUUCCCCGGUUCCCAGGAAGCGGGGCUCGUCCAUCUUCGACGAGACAGCCGAGUACAUGCGAAUCCACCAGGCGCUCUCCGCAGGAAAGAGAGUGUCGUUCGCCGAUACAACAGGUGGAGAUCUGGUGGAUGUGCGCGAAUUCGUAGCCUUUGACUCGGACGAGGAGGACAGCGCGAAGUGGGAGGAGGAGGAGGCGAAAUAUCGCAAAGCAGAGCGGGAGCCGACCUAUACAGUGCACCCGGAGUUCCACGCUCCCGGCAGCGGCGUCCUGCUGCAGGCUGUGCGCUCCAACAAAGUGGAAGUUCAGCAGAUAUCUCCAGUGGAGGAUGAGCCGCUCGCAUUCAGUGGGAUAAUUCGAGUGCUGAACAUCUCCUUCCACAAGGCAGUGUACAUCAGAUCAACCAUGGACAGCUGGGCCACUUACUUUGACCACCCUGCAGAUUAUGUGCUUGGGUCUAACGACGGGGACACAGAUCAGUUCUCCUUCAAGCUGUCUUUUGCACCACCUUACACCGCGCACGGCUCACGCAUUGAGUUUGUCGUGCGCUAUGAAACCUCGGAUGGUGAUUACUGGGCCAAUAACUCCUCUAUGAAUUAUGCUGUGACGCUGCUUUUGUCCUAUGAAGAUGAUCCAGCCCAGCCCAGCACUGAUGUGACACAAAAAAGAAGCAUCCUGAAGACACCCAAAGUCUACAGUAUGGAUGAUUACGUGGCUUCAGCGGAUGAUCAGGAGGAAGAAGAUGCAGAGGAGCCAGAGGAGAUUUUAAGAGCAGAAUUAGUCAGGCCUUCGGCUCUGUGUCCAGUCAUCAUUCAUCCCGAGAUCGAUGUGGAGAAAGCAGUUCCCCAGUCUGGUUCCUCUGCCACACCUGAACACGGGCCUCCUUUCGUUGAUGGCUCAAUGUCCACUCCCACUGUAUUCACAGAGGAACAUUUACCUUCAAAGUCUUCUGAAACGGAACUUCAAACUAAGUCUGCCUUAGUUCUGCAUGCUGAUGAAUCAGUCCAACCAGAUAGGUUUCAAUCUUCACUGACACUCCACUGGCAAUCUGUGAACCACAUGUCAGAGCAGUCCGUGCACAGUCGUUCCACUGCAGCGCUGUCUCUCUCAGGUCCUUCAUCUCAAGAAUCCGAACAGAGUUCAGACGAGUCUCAGGCUAAGACAGUGAAAACCCCUGCUUCAGAAGCUCCUCUCUCACGUCCUCCUGUAGCAGAGAUAAAUUUGCUGUCAACAGCAGGAGAGGAUUGGAUGGCUGCGGAGUGUGUCUCCUGUCCCUGUGUGACUGAGGGCCUGGAGCGGGAGGCUAAAGUAGGAUUGAAUGAACUUAAUGAAGGACUUUUCGAAGUUUUAACAAAAUCUGCAGCACAUCAUGCAGGCAGAACCCCUGUAGCCGAGACUCAUAAACCUGUGGAAGUAGAGAAUGAAGGUCCAUUAUCACGAGAGGUGAGCAGAGAUGUAGCUCCUCAAUCUGUCUCAGCCUGUAGUGAGAAAGAAGAUCCUACAUGUAUUUCGCUGUGCAAGCCAUUAGAAAAUGCAUCAUUCAACAUGUUGUCAGAUGUUUCUGAAAUUAUGUUUGAAGGCGACGUCAGCCUUAAUCUGAGGCCUUGCGUCUUUUUUCUAACUGGAGUUGUUUCUCUCUCACUAGUGAUGCAGGCACCCAGUGCCCUCUUUUUCAUUGGGCUGCUUCUGGUUUUGCACUGUUUUUGAAGUUGCUCCAAAGGUUUAGUCUGAUCUCCUGUCAAGUCAAAUGCCUUUUAAUGUUUUCAAAAAAGCCAACAAGUUUAAGAAUGAACAUGUGUCCCUCUGAUAUUGUGCAAAAUCUAAUUUAGACAGCUUGCAAAAGUAUUUUCCCACCUUGAACCAUUUCACAUUUGCUUAUGCUACAACUACAGUAUACAGUAAAGUGGAUAGUUGCUUUUCAAAAGUUUUCCAAAUAGCAAUCUGAAAAGUGUGGCAUGCAUUUGUAUUCAGCUGUCUUUAUGCUGAGUCUCCUUAAUAAAAUCCAAGGCUAUUCAUUUCCCCCAGCCGUUCCCAUUCCCUAAAUAAAAUCUACCUGUGAGUAAUUUUAAUCUAAAUCCAGCUGUUCUGUGAAGCCCUUAGAGGUUUGUUAGAGAACAUUAGUGAUCAUGGAGACAGCAGAAAGGUUAGGGAUAAAAGCGUGGUUAGCUUUAAGGAGAGUUAGAUUACAAAAUAACAUCCCAAGCUUUGAACCUGGCCAAUGCAUCAUUCCAAAACUGAGAGAGUAUGACAGAACUGCAAAUAUGCCAAGGCAUUACCGUCUAUUUAAACCGACAGGCUAGGAUAGUAUUAACCAGAGAAGCAGUCAAGGGGUUAAUGGUGACUCUGGAGGAGCUCUACAAAUUUGCUCUUUAUGAAAAUGUGGGAAACAAAAAGUUACUGUUGAAAGAGGGUCAUAGGAAGUCUCAUUUAAAGUUUACUACAAGGACUUGUGCAGAGACGCAGGGAAGCUAGUCUGAGUUGAAAAGAAGAUGAAUGAAGCUAAACACUUCGUGAUACUGUAAGAAAAUCUUUUAGAGGCUGCAAAAGACUUCAAACUAGAGCAGAAGUAAACAUACAGUCAGAGAUAGAACGAAAUUAUUUAGAUCAAUGCAUAUCCAUGUGUGUCAAAAUGUUCAUACCAAAAUCCAAUCGAGAAUUUUUGGCAAGACUUGAAAAGUAAUGUUCACAGGCACUUUCUAUGAAAUCUGAGUUUGAGCUAUUUUGUAGAGUCAGCAACAUUUUCAGUAUCUGUGCAAAAUGUGAUACCAAAAAACACCUGCAGCUGUAAUUGCACCAGAAGAUUCAGAUGAUUCUACAAAGUAUUCACUCAUGGAGGAUGCAGACAGAUUCAUGCCAGACUUUAAUGAUUUCAUUGGUAAAAUGUCAGAACUAUGUAUCAUUGUCUGGUCACUUUAUAAUUAUUUCCUACGUAUAAAAUCAACAUAAAAUACAUUCAAGUUUGUGGUUGUAAUGUAACAAAAUAUGAAAAACCUCAAGAGGAAAGAAGACUUUUGCAAGGUACUAUAUGCAUAUAAAAUGCUGCAGGUUAUGUUCAGGCAGUAUGUAGCACCAUGGUAAAACUAAAGAGUAUUUGCUUCAGUAAUAUUACGAUCACUUAAUUGAAGUAAAUUCCUAAAUGCUUUGCCUAGGGGAUCUAUAAAUGAUCUUUUUCUUGCUGUGUGAAGAUAGUACAUGUGGUGUUGUUAGGUUAGUUUUGCAAUGCACCUUUUAAUGCAAUCACCAAAUUUAGCAAAGGGUUGGGUAUCGUUCCUUGACUAGAUAAAAGACAGAAGUGAUAACAGUGAUUUAAAAGCGAUGACAGUGAGAAAGUGCCUUAGAGUCUAAUACCACUGGCAAUCAUAAGGGCACCGGUCACUCUAAAACAUAACACAUCUGCUCAAAUGUUUUUUUAUUAGGUUUCAAGCUAAAAUCUGAUCCUCAUGCUUGUGAUCCGCUUAAAAAUGGUUUAAGAAUUACAUUUAUAUUAGGUCUUUUUAUUUAAUAACACACCAGUGGGAGUGAUUGAAGAAGCUGCUGGACACAGCAAAAUGGGUUCCAGUUGGUAACUUGGUUUGACAAUUUUUGAGCCAUAUUAUGCUGAUGGAGUAGGUCACACAUCUAUAUUGGCUUUCUUAAUUGGAUAACUAACUAACAUUCUAGUGAUUCAGAUGUCCUCAUUCUUUUAGAAAAUGUCUUAUUUUCUUCAUGGCUUCCAAUUUUAAAGCACAUAUUUGGAUGUUCUUUAAAGUGCUCCACUUAACUGAAUAUCUAAUAUCAUAUUUAUAACAACAAAAUAACAGCCUCCCAUACAAUUUCCAAAUUGAGUUGGAUGUCCCUGAAAACUAAAAUUUGUUCAGACAAGCAGAGGAGAACUUCUAUAGUAGUAAAAAUAUGCUAGUUUGUACUAAGCUCAAUGGGGGAACUUCUUUAACAGUUUUUGGAUGACCUUCUGAUCUUGAUUUACCUGUAUAAAUAAUGUUUUGUAAAUUACGGUCCCAGGUAGACUAAAAUAUGUCAGUCUGUGCAAGAACCUGGAGGCAAGGGGAACAGUUGUUGCUUCAGUUACUCUGUAGCCUGGUUUCUGACUGCAGCUAUUCUAAAUCCAUCUUAAUUCUCCUGCUCAUUAUUUGUUUUUGUUUUUUGUGAAUUGUGUUCCCAUCUAUAGUGAAACAAAUGGGUGUGUGCAACAGCACAGCUAGUGCUUGCUUAAGCUGACAACUUCUUGCUCCUUUCAUCAGUGCUUUCCAUUUGAAAUCAGAAGUCAGAAUUUAUGAGCUACAAGUUGGAUAAUGAACUGUAGCAUCCCUUGUACCUGUAAAGCAAAGUUCAAAUUCCACCUUGGAAAGUCUGAGGUUCUUUACCAAACACGUGUCUUAAAAUCCAAUAUGGCUGCCAUGCGUUAAAAACAGUAAUAGCUUCACUAAUAAACGCAAAGAGCUGUACAACCUGUUAAUAAAUCUAUUGCGGCAGAGUUUACAUGUGCCAAAAGCUACGGGUUUAUUCUCUUGUAUUACUAAAAAAUAUUUAGACUGGUCACUGACCAAGUGAAUAUGGAAUUCCCACACAAUUAAUUUGCUUUUUAAUGGUUUUUAUUGUGAAAUAUAGUCCUAAUUAGGAUACAGUCAGCGUGUGCAAGAAAGUCUUGAUUCACCGCACAACUACUGCUUGAGUUAGCCAAUAAUGUUUUAUCGUUGUGUCAGAAGUCAACAAUCAACUGUACUGAUCGUGGAAGUUUAAAACUCCAACUUGGACCCUCAGCUAAGAAUCCAAUAUGGCUGCCAUGAGUUUAAAUUGCAGAGACUGCUGAUGUAAUAAAUUGUUUACUUGCAUUUCUGAGUUUGUAUCUCACUCACACUAGUCUGUUAUUGGACAUGCUGCAGCAUAUUUUAAAUGUUCAAAUUGCAGAAAAAUAUGUUAUCAUCUUGUAUAGCUAAUAGCAUUAAACCUGGUGGCUGAAGUAGAAGAUCCCAAUGGUUUUCCAGCUCACAGCUGGAAUAAGGUCGUACCAAGAUCAAAGUUUUGAUUUCUGAGGUAAAAAGAGCACAGAGCCACUAGAACUAAGUACUCAUUGUGCUUCGCAUCUGGUCAGAAUGUUAGCAGCCAAAGCUAAUGGUCCCAACCAUUACCCAGAAUAGAUAUCAAAAACCCUUGCCACUAACUGAUGCUAGUUUGCAUCUUCACCUGACAUUUUGACAUUUAAUAGAGUUUGCUAGCAGAACAGUUUAUGGUAAAUGUAAAGUCAGAGUUAGCUUCUUGAAGCCUUUGGGUGUUCUUGUGCAAAAAAUUGAGAAUAUUUUCACUUUUUAAUCUCAUGGGACAUUGCAUAUGCAAUCAAAGCUUACACCUGGCAGUGACUCAAAUGAGGGAUAACGACACUCCUCCGUCUUUUCUAAAUAUGGUCUCCCAUGCCUCCAGAAUACGAAGAUGGGAACGACCAGCUGCCAAAAUGUUAAGUUUUAAAAUUGUCUACAUAUCCGUGGACAAUAGUUUUAUUUUAAGCCAAACCAACAUGCUGUGAAUUCAACUUUAAUUAAUUGUCAUAUGUUGUGUUGUGGAGUGUGUUACAUCUUCAGUGUUAAAAAAAGCUUGGGAAUUGCUGUACAAAUAGAGUUUUGUUUGUAAAGUGCAUGAUAACUAUUUUGCCUAAUUAACUAGUGAUAGGCACUAAGAUAUGGCACUUUAGGGAGAAAACAUAUGUAGCAAUUAUAAUUAAAAGUGAUAUCAAUGAUGUGAUAACACAAACCACCUCACUGCUUUUCCUGGACGGGAAUUCCUGUUGAUUUAUGCCAGAAAACCCUUGUUGUUGCACAGCACCAAACUUUAUAACCCUGUUUUGUGAACCUCACAAACAGAUUUAAGCACAAAAUGAAAUGUUUGAAGUACAAUGUACUGGAAUUAAACAUGAUCCCAUCCCC